GUCGGGACUGGCUUUGGCCUCUCGAGGUUGGGCCAGAGGGAUCAUCAAUACAAAGCGGGAUGCGAACCAACUCUCUGCAUAGGCGACAGACCUCUGCUGACAGGACAGCUCUCCUUCCGAUUGACUUUAUCUGAGACCCCGACUUGCGACGAGUCGACUCAAUCCUUGCCUUGUCACCUGGCACACGACAUCGUUUCGCUCUAGCGCCUUGCGAGAGACCUUCGCCCAUCCCGUCCGUCUUCCUUCGACCCUUCCUCAGCCAGAACCGUACCACCAUCAACUCGGUGCGCGUUUGAUGCGCCGAUCGCGACACGAUGAGCGCUCCCACGGGUGAAGCUCCGCCAGCUUCUGCUGCCACUGCAGAACAACAGCCAGCGCCUCCUGCAGGUGUUCAAGCCGCCGCCCAGCAGCCUCCAGUUGCAGGUGCAGCCGCUGGCGCCUCCACGAGCGUGCCUCGCCCUGCCUCCACGACUCACACAGUCCCGAUUGCCCAAGGCCAACCACCUCCGGCCGCCGUAGCACGACAGCCUGCAGCACUCACCCGUGACAUCUUCAACCAGCGAUCGCUUGGUAAAGCGCUAAAUUCUCAGGUCAAAGGCUCUCGGGCUCUGUUGGUCGGCGCUGGUGGCAUCGGCUGCGAACUUCUCAAGAACCUCGUCCUCCAGGGCUUUGGCGAAAUACAUGUUGUUGACCUCGACACGAUCGACUUGAGCAAUCUCAACCGACAGUUCCUCUUCCGCACCGACCACAUCGGAAAGCCAAAGGCUUUGGUCGCGAAAGAUGUCGCGCAAGCUUUCAACCCACAGGUCAAGAUCGAGGCCCACCAUUCCAACAUCAAGGAUUCGCAGUUCAAUGUCGAGUGGUUCCGAGGCUUCACCAUUGUGUUCAACGCGCUUGACAACAUGGAAGCUAGGCGACAUGUGAACAAGAUGUGCUUGGCGGCGGACGUACCUUUGAUCGAGAGUGGCACUACGGGCUUUAACGGUCAGGUCCAGGUCAUCAAGAAGGGUGUCACCGCCUGCUACGACUGCACACCGAAAGACGCGCCAAAGUCGUUCCCUGUGUGCACAAUCCGAAGCACACCCAGCCAGCCGAUACAUUGCAUAGUCUGGGCCAAAAGCUAUCUGCUGAACGAGAUGUUCGGUGCUAGUGAGGACGAGUCCGCUUUUGACCAUUCAGACGACCAAGAUAACGCCAAGGAGAUUGAGGAGUUGAAGAAGGAAUCCGAGGCGCUGAAGUCUAUUCGCGAGUCUGUUGGCUCGGAGAAAUUCCCACAGCUGCUUUUCGACAAGGUCUUCAAAGUGGACAUUGAGCGCCUGCGCUCAAUGGAAGACAUGUGGAAGUCGAGGAAAGCACCCCAGCCAUUGGAAUACCAAACGGUGCUGGAACAGGCGGGCGAGGCCUCAGCAGCGAAAGAGGCCAUCCUGGAGGAUGGCCAAAAGGUCUGGAGCCUGGAGGAGAGUCUCGUUGUCUUUAACGAUAGCUUGGACCGGCUCAGCAAGCGCAUGGCCGAGUUGAAGAAGUCGCAUGACGGGUCUGGACCCACACCUAUGAUCGAGUUUGACAAGGACGAUGAUGACACGCUCGACUUUGUCGCGGCCAGCGCGAACAUCCGAUCUACGAUCUUCGACAUUGAGCGGAAGUCUCGGUUCGACAUCAAGCAGAUGGCUGGCAACAUCAUACCAGCCAUUGCGACUACCAAUGCUAUCGUCGCCGGCCUGUGCGUGCUACAAGCCUACAAGGUGCUCAAAGGAGAGUACAGCAAAGCCAAAGAGGUAAGUGGCCGCAGAAGCCGCCGUAUUGUUCCCAAUGUGCAGAAGUUGACCAAGUCUAGGCCUUCCUCUCGCCUUUUUCCUCGGGCCUGCCGGCUCGACUCAUCUCAGCCGACCGACCACAACCGCCCAACCCCAGUUGUCCUGUCUGCAGUGUCUUCCAGACCAGCGCAUACGUCGACCUCUCUCGAGCGACGCUGAAAGACCUUGUUGAUGAUUUCUUGAGACUCCAGCUGGGCUAUGGCGAGAAGGAGAUUGCUGUGGCCACUGACGCGGGCAUCCUGUACGACCCGGAUGAGACGGAGCAUCUUUCGAAGAAGCUUACUGAGUUGGGUACGCGCUUUUCCCCAGCCUGUGUGCUUGAAUGCUCACUAAUCCAUGCUAGGAAUCAAACCCGACACAUUCCUGACUGUCACUGAUGAGGAUGACGCCGAGCCUUUCGUCAAUCUGGUUCUCAACAUCCAAGAAGCGUAGGUUCCUCGUGUCGGAAUGCAGUGUUCGGGUGACUGACAGAUUCACAGCAAGGGAGAACGGCCUGAAAAGCCAGUAAAGGCCGUCUCAGACGACAAGCCUGAGAUACCCAAAAAGCCAAAGAAGGAGCCUGCAGAUGCGUCCAUAGCUGCGCCGUCUUCGAACGGGAAGCAUGAGCCGGAUGACAGCAGCCGAAAGAACAAGCGGGAGCAUGAGGACGAGUUGGAAGAACCCGGUCCAAAGAAGGCUAGGAAGACUGGCGAAUCGAGUGCCAAGGGCGGCGACGCGGUUCUUGUUGACGACGACAGUGGCAAUGGUGCCAUCAUGAUCGACGACGACUGAAUGCUGCCUCUCUGCGACGCGCCCCUUGAGGAGCUGGACAGCACGCUCGAUGCUGACAAGAAGCAUGGCUCAGGGGCUUCCACGACUUACGAGACCCUGAUCGGCCGCACCCAACCCACCAUCGAUGUUGAGGAUGCAGUUGUUGGCAUACGAAUUGGUGGCCAAGAAAAAAGCGGCGUCUGCGACCUCAUCGGUCGUGCCUAUCCUCCCGAGUGGGAUCUGGCUGCUGAGCUUGGUUUCAUUGAGGUCUGGAAAGUCGUGUAGAUUAGCAGCCAAUUACUUGUAAUGAUAUGAUGAGCCUACAGGGCCUGCGAGAUGGACUGUGGGGCCACAGGACACUUGGGCCGUCCUAGACAAGGUGGUCCGAUGUUACUUGGAGUAGAGCUCAAGCUCGCGGCCAGGGAUGGACACGAGCAGAGCAUUGGAAACAAAAAGAACAGAGAACCCAAGAGGAAUAAAAAAAGUCGUGAGACGGGAUUCAAGGCCAG